AAAGAUUAAAGAUAAACCAGGAAAGGAAAGAAGUAACCAGGAGGAAGCUAUUGUUGUUUUUUGUUUAAUAAUUUUCUUGGCCAUUGUACCAGGAUCCGACAUAUUCGGACCUACUAAUUCAUUCACUCUCUUCCACCACCCGCCAUUCUAAUACCCUCUCUCUUUCUCUCCCUCUCUCUGUUUGUUUGCAGAGAGGGAGAUCCUUUCGCUUGAGCCAUUUCCUCUGUAUUUUCUUUCAGGAUUCAAACAGGCCAUUCCUUGGAAGUGAUCACGGGAUCUCCUCUCUCUCUCUCUCUCUCUCUCUCUAUAUAUAUAUAUAUAUAUACACAUACAUAUAUACAUAUAUAUCAGUUUGCAGCUCUUCGGGACCAGGGUUAAUAAAAUCAAGUAGCAACAAUGGGCGGCUGUGUAUCAACUUCAAAUCCUCCAAGAAAGGUUAAAAUACACAAGAAACACCUUCGUAGAUUCGGCAAACGCCAUGUCAAGAUAUCUAGUGCUCAUGAUGGAGAUAAUAAAGGAAACAUCGAUGCAGGACAUGUAACAGAUUUUUCUGUGAGUCAGUUUGUCCAGAUGGAUUUUGAGAAUGGUAAAACCUCCACUUGCAGAAGAUCUGGGGCCUCCAACUCAACAUACCAUCUCACCCAGCUGCAAUGGCACCUCAGUCAAGUGGACAUAGAUGGAAUUUGCCAAGAGGAAGCCUGGUUUGAUUCAGUCAGCAUUCUGGAAUCUGAAUCUGAUGACGAAUUCAGCAGUGUGCUUGGAGACCGUUUUUCCUCGGUGAGUUCAGCUAUUGGGAACCUUUCAAGUGGACAAGUGGUUCAGUAUGAAAGUUCUUCAUGCUACAUGGAUGGCAAGGGUAAAUAUGAAGAAUACCAUGAAAGCUACGUGAAAAUAGAUGGUCACAAGACAGGCAAGGAGGAAUACAAGGAAUCAAAAGGAUUUGCACUCAUUGGUCCCCAGAAAUUGUUGGAUAAUUAUGGAAGCUUUAAAGGUCCAAAAGAGGACAGACGUGACUCUCAAGAGAAUACCUUAAAAUCUGGCCUACCUCGGUUGCAUCCUUCUGUAAGUUUCAAUGACAAGCAUAUAAACACAUCAACCCAGAAAAAGAAAUUAGCAGUCUUAAGGCUUUCCUUUAAAAGGAAAUCAUGCGAUGGAGAAGAGACCGUCGAACGCUGUGCAUCGAAAAGAUUCUUGUAUCAUCCCAAAGCAGGAUUCAUUAUUCCUCACUGCGUGGGAGAAAAGCUAAAUACAGGAUGCUGGUCUGAGAUUCCUCCCUCAAAUUUUAAACUUCGAGGGGAGACCUACUUCAAAGAUAAGCGCAAGUGCCCCGCUCCAAAUUGCAGUCCAUACAGUCCAAUUGGUGUUGACUUGUUUAUGUGCCCGAGAAAGGUUAAUCACAUUGCGCAGCACCUUGAACUUCCUAAUGUAAAAGCUGAAGGAAAAAUUCCUCCUCUUCUGAUUGUAAAUAUCCAGUUGCCUACUUAUCCUGCUGCAAUGUUCCUUGGUGAUAGUGAUGGGGAAGGGAUGAGCCUUGUUUUAUACUUUAAGGUUUCUGAAGAUUUCGAGAAAGAAAUUUCUUCCCACUGUCAAGAUAACAUCAAGAAACUGGUUGAGGAUGAGAUGGAAAAAGUCAAAGGCUUCGCGAAAGAGUCGACUGUUCCUUUCAGAGAAAGACUAAAAAUCAUGGCUGGUUUGGUUAAUCCUGACGAUCUCAAUUUGAGUUCUACCGAGAAGAAACUUGUCCAUGCUUAUAAUGAAAAACCAGUCCUUUCCCGUCCUCAGCAUGAAUUCUAUAAGGGUCCUAACUAUUUUGAGAUUGAUCUGGAUAUUCAUCGCUUCAGCUUCAUUUCAAGGAAGGGUCUUGAAUCAUUUCGUGAUCGUCUCAAAAAUGGAAUCCUUGAUCUUGGGUUAACUAUCCAGGCACAAAAACAGGAAGAACUUCCAGAGCAAGUCCUGUGCUGUCUGAGACUGAACAGGAUCGACUUUGUCGACCAUGGCCACAUACCAACACUCAUGAAACUUGAAGAUAACUGAUGUCGGAAAUGGGGAUUGCCCAAUUAUGACACUUGAAAGGUACAGGAACCCAUGUUGACGGAGAGGAUCAAGACCCAGAAAUUUUGCAAUUUGUGAAUGAGAGGAAUAGGAAUUCUUCAUCCCAAUUGUCCUCAAAUAAUAAUUAUGAGAAGACAAAAAAAAAAAAAAAAAAGAAAAAAAGAAAA